AUGUUUAAUUACCCCACUCUCAAGCCCACCAAUCUUGUACGAUCUUCCCUACUUUUCGUACCGGAAUUCUCUCAAUUGUCUAUUAAUCAACUUCCUGAUCCAUCUGUGGCUGUCUUGCUGAGUCGGCCAGCGUUAUACCCAUACUCUCAGAAUACGACGCGGUCGACUUCUGAUGUAUGCUUUGAUUCUGCAGCUGCGCAUUCUUCCCUUUCACGGGAUCCUCAGGCCGUGUCUCCAUCCCCACCCGCUUCCGUACGUCAUAUCGAUGAUGACCGGUACCGGACUGCUUCGCAAGAGUCUGCACGGAUUACUCGUAAAGCCAGUGAUCCCGUCCAAGUACCAGACCUGGAGACUGUGAGCUUGCCACGAGAAUGCCUUCCGCGGUUCCUGUCUACCGCAUCGCUGAAUACGGCACGAGAUCGCGAAACUUGUGGACUAUUGCUUGGAAAAGACCGUGACAGCGGCUGUAGGGCAUGCAACGCAACAGCGCAGACCGUCCUUUCGCGUUCCGGGGACACCACCCACAAAGAUUUUCCCACAGGGCACUAUAUCCUGCCCGAUACUAAUGUACUUCUUGCACAGAUGGACUUGAUCAAAUCCAAUUACUUCACGCCCCCCAUCAUCAUCCUACAAACCGUUAUGAAAGAAGUCCGUCAUCGGUCAUUACCCUUGUAUAGUCGCCUCAAGGCCCUCACGACAACUGACGAGCGGAAAGUAUGGGUAUUUUACAAUGAGUUCAGGUCAGAGACUGCUAUCGUGUGCGAGAAGACGACGAGACGCC